AGCAGGCAGACAGGCAGCCAUGAUGGGGGGAGCUCUCAGCACUUGCUGGACUUGCUGUUGGCCUCUGGUAGCACCUCUCUUGUAGCCAGGACCAGGCCACCCCAGCUCUUCUGAGCCACAGGAGUCCUGGAGCAGCUGCUACUACACAGCAGGGCUGGCAACAGGCCCAGGACAGGCUGCGGAGGAACAUCACAGGAUGAGAUGGUGUUCGGCGCCUGUUAGAUUGUCCCUAGCAGUACAAGCUCUACUAUGGCACGCCCCGAAUCGGUAACACCCGUCAGAGGGAAGGGCCUUUGCAAAGGGCUGGCAGCUUAACGAUCGCACAGCCGCGGCUGCCGGGCGAGGCUGCGCGUCCUUUCCCGCCGGCGGAGGGCUCCGCGACCGCCGCUGUGCGCGCUGCGGCUGUGUGGCGCGGGGUGGCUCCGGGACACGGCGCGGCGGGCCAUUGGGACGCGCGGCGCGCCCCCGCGCGCCCCCCCGCUCCCCCGCCAGCCAAUCGGCCGCGUCCUUUCAUUUGCGGCCGGGUGCCCCGCGCGCAGGCCGCGCUGGCGGGCACAGCCCCGCUCGCGCACCGCCAACCUGAUCGGCGCAGGAUGUGGCUUCGCGGUGACGUCAGGGCCAGAUGUUUUCCCAGGCCACGCCCCCGCAGGGGUCCGGGCGACUCCGAGGAGCGAUAACGGGGAAAGCUUAUUCUACUGUCACCGCGCAAUGGAAGGACUGGGGAAACCGCACCUUUAUUUUGUGGCGUUCUCGAAAAAACAGCAUUAAUUCAUACCGCAAGCAACAAGCUGCCAGUGCCAGGAUCUAUCUGCUCCUCUUCUUCUCAUGAAUUGGACUUCCAGCGCUUUUUUGAUUUAGGGACAAGCUGGGCGUGAUCGUCACGAACAAAGUGUGGUUUUGAUGGCUGCUAAAUCAGCCUUUACUUCUACAAAGAGAUCUUGAGAAAUAAGAGGGGAAAAGCUGAUCACAUAAUCUUUUUAAAAAGAAAAAAAACAGUGGGGUUUUCUAUUUGUUUUUUUUGUUGUUGUUGGUUGUUUUGUUUUCCUCCUCUCUCCUGUUUGGAUUUCUCUUUAAACUUGUGAAAAAUGGCAACAGCAGCAUUCGUGGAUCAUUUUGCAGCAGAAUGCCUUGUUUCUAUGUCCAGUCGUGCUAUUGUCCAUAGUCCCAAAGGGGAGCCUGAUCCCCAACCUGAUGCAGCAAUAACUCCUUCAUCGAAUGGAGAAGAUAAGCGGGAAGUCAGAGAAACCGGGAAAGACAAUGGAUCAUCAUUACUUGUGGUAGCUAGCAUUUUAGCAGAUCUGAACCAGCAUGUACCAAACUCACACACUCUAAAGAUGGAAAAAAAUGAGACCUUUGGUAUCGCAGAAAAAAUACACCUUUCUAUUGCUCCUAAGGAGUUUGGGGAAGAAAGUGUGUCUUCGGCUGGUAAGCGUGGAGGAGGAAGAGCGGCCACACCUACUAGCCUGGCUGCAGUAACUGAGCCAAGCCCCAGACAAAAGAACAAACGUACGAGAAGCUGGACUGACCCUGGAUCACCCCAGAAAAAGCACAAGUGCCCCUAUGUGGGGUGUGAAAAAGUUUAUGGCAAAUCUUCCCACCUUAAAGCUCAUCUAAGGACCCACACAGGUGAACGGCCUUUUGAAUGCAGCUGGCAAGGAUGUAACAAGAAGUUUGCUCGCUCCGAUGAGCUGGCCCGCCAUUACCGCACUCACACUGGAGAAAAGAAGUUCAGCUGUCCUCUCUGUGAGAAACGCUUCAUGCGUAGCGACCAUCUGACAAAGCAUGCCCGUCGUCAUGCCAACUUCCACCCAAGCAUGCUCAAGAGGAGAAGUGGUAGCAGCUCAAGAACAGGGUCUGUCAGUGACUACAGCCGCUCAGAUGCCUCAAGUCCAACAAUCAGCCCUGCCAGUUCCCCGUAGACCUACCUGCACUGGAUGACAGCACUUUGCCUCUAACACCUAACAUGGAGUUUUGUUUGUGUUGCACACAUUUUAAAAACUCUGUUGCUUCCCCUCCUCAGUUCCCCUCCCCGCCUUUAUUUUUUUCCCAAAUCAGUAAAUAGCUGCCUCCCACUGCAAUUUUCAGUCAAAUUUUCUUUACCCAACCACUCCGGUGGCUAUUCUAACCUCAUGGACAGACAAACAUAUGUGUUCUACUUAGUGAUUCCUGCUGUCUCAAUAUUUCAUACAUUUUGCAACCAUUUACAUAUCCUCUUGAUAAUUCUUUAGAAGAAAAUGAGGAAAUCUAAAAAAAAGAAAAAAGCCCCACUUAAUUCACCUCAGGUGUCAAAGUAGUUUUGAAAGACCAGAUUGCACAACAUGAGCAUACAUACAUUUACGAGUCAACUGUGUUGGAUUAUGUCCCCCUUCUCCUUUCUCAGGGAUGGAUAUUUAUGUUACACAAUAAUUACAAUGAAGACACACCCUAACCGCAGCCUUACUCUGUAAAUACAUUUGCACUCAGAAGCUUUUUGUUAGAUUCUUUCACACACUGGGGAAAAAAUAAAAACCAAACAAUACAAACCCAAACCAGUACUGGAACAUAGUACCUGACUCUUCCAUUGUGUGUUUUCCUGGUUAAAUACCUACAUUGGGGAGCGUCCGAACAGGAAUCUUGCCUUUCUUCAAGCUGCCCUCUGCUUUUGGUAGCAAGCCAUCUUUUCACGUCAUGCUGAAGAGGCUCCAAAACCAACUUCUUAUUGCAAAAAUCUCUGUGCGGUUGAUAAACUUGUUUGUUUGUUUCAUGCUAGAUAAAAUUCUGAGAAAAAAUAUCUAAACGAGAUGCCUUAAGUAAAUAACAUAAAUCACAAGGAAACAUAUUUACACUGGGUAACAUUUUAUUGCAGGGUGGCAUGGAAUCUCGGAGACAUUCUGUCGUCACUCUCUCCAAGUUGUUGAGCUCUCUGCACUGCUUGGUCAGCUUGGGACCAACAGAAUAUUCAAAUCAAACCACACUGGCUUGAACAGUUUUAAUAUUUUUUCCCUGUUUAAAAAAAAAUGAACUUUGGAAAUAGCAUAGCUGAACCAAUGCCCACCAAAACUUUUAUAAAGGUACUUACCUACUGUACAGCUGUAACUGAGCAAGAAAGAGCUAAGACAUAGUUUCUGUAUUCCUGUUGCAUCACACUUGUGGUCACUGAUAAAAGGAAGCAAAAAUCAUGAGAUAUCUUCUGACUGGAAAAAUAAAAUAUGCAUUUUUAAGUUUUAAAACAAAAUGUCAUUUUAGCUCAGCACUACUACGAGUUUCUCAGAAAUACACAUACCAGCAUAAAGUAAGGUGCUCUCAUUUCUGAAUAACUGCUUAAUAACAAAAAAGGAGUCUUGGCUAGUUUUCAAUAAUCUGACACUAGGUAGAGCACUAGGAGGUAGAUUUUUAUGUUUUAUAUGGUAGAAAAUAUAGCAAAAGACCAGAAGCAUUUUGAUGUACUGGAGACCUCACGGCAACAAAUACACUUUCCUUGGUUUGGCUGGGUCUGACGGUGCAUAUUAUAAAUUCAGGUCCUUUUGAUUCUGGAAUUUUUGGGGUUUUCUUGUUUUAACUGUAAGGUAUACAUGCAAUUAAGUGUAGUAUGGUGGAGAGAAACUAUGCCAAACCUGCAGUUUGCUAUCAAGUGAAUGCCUCCACAUUUCAAAUGAACCUGUAUCUUACUUGCUGCUUUGCAUUCAUUCAAUUUUGCAAGUUUUUAUUGUACUGUAUAUUAACUGUGAGGCUAAUAUAGUUUUCCAAGUAUUUUCAUGGGUACUUCCACAAUAUUUGCAUUAUUCCUAAUACUCUGCAUUCUGUUAGUUGUAUGGAUAAAUACUUAAAGACAGUUCAAAGUGCAGGUAUUUCAGUAUUUUUUCAUGUUCAUUUCCUUCAGAUUUCACCGCUAUAAAAAUCACAAUUUUCCCCUUUUGAAUCAGAAGUCAUGUGAGGCACAAUUCUACUGUUUCGUUUCACAGAAAAUGAAAGAACAUUGUAAGUUUUUUUUUGCAAGACCACAAAUAUUAACUGAGUUUGUGUGAUGAGCUGCCUAACCAUUGUUAGUUAGGGAAAAACCAGAUCUGUUUGCCUCCAUAGAUUUCCUCUUUCCUUUCUUUUUAAAAUCUCAUAUACCAAGAUACACAGUUUUAACAACUUGAUACAAUUCAGGUAACAGGAAUUCACAUUCCAAUCAUUUCUGUGACUGCUGAAAGUGCUCUUGUGCUGUAGUUAUUAAAGAGGCAUUUAAGAUAUCUAGCUAAAGGAAUGCCACAGGUCAGCUAUGUCUGUGCACGUACUUCGAGACAAGUCAUAAACACAUUUCUCUUUAUUGUUAUACCUUAAUAGAGGGAUAUGGGGGUGGGGGCUGAGGGUUGGAAUCAAGAGAACUAAGCAUCAGCAAAAAUCAUAGGCUUCAUGUUCUAAGUUCAGUUUGUUGUAAAAAUCAUCUUUUCCAAGAAGAGCAUCAUUUGAUCUUUAGCAAAGGAGAAACCACUCCAGCUCAUUUAUUUAGGGCUUAAUAAUUCGGGAUGAAUCAGUAGGUGCAUUGGCAAGCAAGUUGUUUGAAUAGCCUGGAGAAAGAAUAUUCGCACUAGGUUUUAUUAGUACUGAGAUUAUGUGAUAUAGAGGUUAUGGGACAACCUAUUCUGAGUGACAUGAGAACUAUGUAAUCUUUAACUUAAACGGUAAACUAAGCAUUUUAUUAUAUAUUGCUCCUAGAGAUUGCUAAGAGUUCUCCAAGGUUAAGAAGAAAAAAAAUAAAUUGGUUCAAAGUCAAAUUUCCAGCUCAGCCAGUUCACCUAAUGAGAUGGCUAUCAGACUAUGUAUAGGCAACAUAGCUGCACAUUCAGAAAAUUCUCUGGAAUUCAGCACAGAAACUUUUUUUUACAUCUUAGGUGUAAAUACCUCGGAGUGUGUUAGCCUGACAGUCAAAUGACUGUGUUUUAAAAUCCUAACCAGAGCUUCAAAUAUCGCCAUUAAAUGUUUAAUACAUGCUAGCUUUAGGAUAAAAUUAUUAAUUCCAAACCACUAGUAGUUUCCAAAACCGAAUGUGAACAAAACUUCUCUUGAUAUUUUCAUACGGAAAAAGAGUGUUCGGGGUUUUCUAGUAUCUGCUACAGGCUAGAAAAGAAGCAGAAGCACCAACAAAGUCAUAAGACUCCAUUCUCAUGAUUAUUGAGUUCUGCAGAUAGGAGAAGUCUGAACAGCUCCAAUUAUGUUUUGGAAUUGGGUGCUUAUCCAAACUAACCUCAGACUUUUACCCUUUUGUUGUUUCACCCAGCAGUGUAACCUAAACCAGUUCCCUGACAUAGCAACAAACAUUGCGUGCUCAGGAAAUGCUGCUCUGGCAAGGUGCAGAUGUCUUCAGUCAUCCAUCUAGAGCAGCAUGCAUCUCUCCUGCCUCCUCCCUUCCCCAUGCAAUCUCUUGAGGUGAAUCCCCACACAAUCUACAAAAUUGCCCUAAUUUUCUUUUAAUUUCAGAAUAUAAUAAAAGGUUUAUUAUAAAUAUUAAGAACACUCUGAAACUUUGUUUGUUUUUCUCCAGCCACAAUUCCAGCUUCUCUAGGAGUUAGGCUUAACUGCACUGCUAUAGUAAAAGCAUGCAAGUUAAAAAUCCUCACCUCACUACCACCACUCCACUCUAAAGAUGCUCUUAGAAGCCCUUUAACCCCAACCCAUGGCAAAGGCCUGAAGUGCAUUAAUGGACACACAAAUUCAGUUGUCAUCCUGCUUCUUAGCAGUCCUGGUAAACUCCUGGCAGCUAGAUUUUAUUGUGAGAGUUUUUUAUAUCUGCAAAAUAGUUGUUCCUUGCUUUUAUAAUAUAUGCAUAGUAUCUGUUUACAUUACGUAACUGCAAAGAUAUAUAUUUAUAACAAGUCAUCAGAAGCCUCUGUUUGAUGGUAAUACCUAAGGUAUCCUAUAUGUAUCCUACCCUCUUUACUGCAUUAACGCUUCCAGUAACUUAGCUAUGAGAGUCUCUGUACACCUUUAAAACCUUAUUCCCUUCUACCCAGACAUUCAGCGCUUUCUGUGUUCCAUGCAGCCAGGCAGUAAAAGGCUGUGUGAGGAGCUUACUCAUUUCACAUUCACAACUGCUUUUCUCCAGUUCUUUGCCAUGAGUUCUAGAAUUUGCACUGUGUGAAGUGCGUUGUUGUUUUGGGGAAAUCGGUUUGUGAAGAAAGAAUAAGGAAAAUGAACUCAGCAUACUUAAAGCUUGCCUUUCCGUUGCCGUUUGAUUUACUGAUUUCAUCAGGCAAUGCCUACAAACUGACUUUCAGGUGCUCUUUUACUCCAUUACACCAUCUGUUUGUACAUUGGGUGCUAACAUGUAGUCUAUGUCAGUGAAUGGUAUGAUGAACGUCUGUAUUUUUAACUCUUUUGGGGAUAAAACUAUAGCCUUAGGCAGAAGAACAUAACAGAAUUAUACUUGUUUACCCCAUAAGUCAGAAUAUAGAAUGCAAAAGCCCAUCCACUGGUAUAGGUUUUAUAUAUAUAUAAAAAUAUUUAUAUAUAUACAGAUUUAUAUAAGCAUAUGCACAUAUAUAAAAAUAGGUAUAUAUGUGUAUAUUGUGUAGUACAUAUGUGUAGACAUAAAUACACAACUGUGUACAUACUACACACCAAAUAAUGAAGGGAUGUCUACAGAGCAACAAUAGGUAUCCAUUUCAUUAUAACCAGUGAUGAGUCUGAACCAAAAUCCUAGAUCCACAUGCCAUUGCAAUUGGAAAGUUUGAACCUAGUUUUUGAGAUUUGUGGUUGAGUUUCAUCUCUGGUUACAGCUGCAGUUCCUUGUGUCUCUGUGCAGUCUGGAGGACGUGUCUGUGUGCACACGUGCUUCUUCACGAGUGCAUGCCUAUGUGGGUGACAGAGGAUGUGUGUGCCAGUAAGUGCGCAUGUGUUUACAUAUAUACUUCCAGCUUUGGUGAACUAUAAUGUUACUGGUGUCAUCUUCACUUGUACAGUUUUUAUCAGCAUCACAUGAAUGCUUCCAUGGGUCACUUUUCAACUCUUUAAAUCACUACAUUGAAGUAUUACAGUUGUACAGUUUUCUGUUCAUCUAUUCUUGCUCUGCUGUAACUUUUUAUGUAUUUUGUACUGCAUAGAUUAUAUAUUGUGAUAACGUCCUAUGCAACAACAAUAAGAAAGGAAAGGAAAAAAAAAAGAAAAAUUAAAAUUAACAACUGUAAGAUACCGUCUUAACUUUUAUGCAUGGUUAGUGACGUUUACAUUUUCCAAAAUAAAACUUAUAACUCUGAAA